AGCGACUUCUACUACACAUAUAUGUUCUCCGUGGUCUGUCGCUAGUGAACAAUGACGCUUACUCUGUCUCUACCAGCGGACGUGAUGGAAAUCCGCCUGCCUUCUCCCGCCGGGAUUAUGGCAGCAGUGGCAUCCGCUGUAGGACAGGAUGGCAUUGCGAUACUGAAGCGGAGGCGGUCCGUUGUGGACACGUGUGGGGACACCGGUGCACGCAGCUUCAAGGCGAGCCUCCAGGCGUCGUCCAUCAGGGCUGUGGACCUCAAGGCGUCCGUGCUGGGCCUCGUUUCCUAUGGUGGCCUUAUCGCAACAGUUGCACAGGCUACCGCGGCUGCCUUAAGUCCACAGGGACCAGGCACCUGCGACCGUAACAUGUGCGAGCGAUGCUGUAACAUAGCGACAUCGGCUCCUUACAUUGCUUGUGGCUGUCACGCCUUCAGGCACCGCACCACGGCUAGCGGAAAAGCAUGGGGCGCCAGCAUGGUAGGGGUGGGGAUCGCCAGCGCUGUUUUCCACGGCUCUUACGGCUCCUUCCGCGAGUGGGGUCGCCGCCUGGACUUCUGGACCAUCGCCGCUUCCAGCAACAUCAUGACCCGCGCACUGUUCCCAAACGUUCCGGCUGCCGUCACAGCCGCCGGCGUGCUGGCAACCCCGUUCAAGCCCUUCUUCGUCUCCUUCGUCAACAGCACCGCCAUGGAGCUCAAGUUCCUGGCCGCCGCGCGUCGCAACCCCAAGCUGCGCGGGCCGCAGCGCCUGCACGCCGCCUGCUGCCUGCUGGGUCUCGGCGCCUUUGCCCUUGAAGACGUGAGGCCCGACCUUCCGCUGGUGCACUCGGUGUGGCACCUGCUGUCCUCCACGGCUGUGGCCACCCUGAACCACCUGCUCGCGGAUGUGGAGGAGCAGCAGCGGCUGGAGGGGGCAGGGGCGCCGGUGUCCAAGCGGCGAGCGAGCCCCGGGCGGCCGUACCCGCAACUGGUGGUGGAGAUGAAGCCUCUGGAGUUUUGAGGGGGGGGGGUGUCUGGUGUUCCGGGGCAUAUAUAAAGCAUGUGGGAGAUACAUAAGGUGUGUGGGGCAAGGGGCUAUGUGUGGGCCCUGCUAGCUCGUUGGCGGUAUGGGGGCUAUGCGCUAUGGGGGUAUCCCGUCUGGAGUCCGCCGUGAACUGGAGUGUGGCGUCGGGUGUGUCUUGCCGCCAUGCAUGCACAUUGGCCCGUCAGGCCUGGUGUCACUGCACCUAUGUUGAAAAUGGGGUAUGGUGCGAUUGGUGAAGGAUUGUGUGGUGCUGGACGUUUGAGAGAGCGACUGUUUGAGAAGACAAAUGAUUAGCUUUUGUGGACAGACAGACAAGUGUUAGCAGGUGUUCACGUGGCUUUCGACGCAAGUUAAGGAGAGAUGCAUAGUUUGUCAUGAAGAGAAUUGAGUGCAGCGGCGGAUUACGCCCGUUUAUUACGAUGGUUUCGUAUUGGAUUCUGGGGCUUCAAUCUUGAGUAUCUUUUUCGUAGCAGAUGGUGAUGACAAGGAUGCUGCUACUUGGCAACAAAGCCUACGACGGUGGAUGGGACUUCUAGCUGGAGCCUGGCU